AUGUUGCAGCAGCAUGGGUACCACCGGCCCGAAUACAUUCGUGGGGCCCCUACCAAAGCAUGCGCCCUUGUUCCCGAGGGUGUGAGUCUGGACGAUGCCGCCGCGGUGGGGGUCGCAGGCAUUACCGCGUACCAGACCAUUGCUCCUAACGUCAAGCCGGGCGACAAGGUCCUCAUCAACGGCGGGUCAGGCGGCACUGGCACCUUUGGCAUACAAAUCGCGAAAGCCCUGGGCUGUCACGUCACCGUAACCUGCUCACCCGGCAAAGCUGACCUCUGUCGCUCGCUUGGAGCCGACGAGAUCAUCGACUACACCUCUACCGACGUCUCGCAGGCUCUCAAGGCCAAGGGCCAGGUAUUUUCUCUGGUCGUUGACAAUGCUGGGCUGCCUGCGACUUUGUACAAGGCCGCCGACAACUUCCUCGUGCCAAGUGGCAGGUUCGUCCAAGUCGGUGGGCCGCUCAACUUCAGCGCUAUCAAGACGGUGGCAUCGAGGCUGCUUGUACCGUCCUUCUUGGGCGGCGGGAGGCGCAAGUACGUCAUUUUCAACAUCGGCCAUAGCCGGGACGAUCUGAAGCAGUUGGGGCAGUGGAUAGCAGACAAGAAGAUCAGGGUCGUCGUUGAGCAGACCUACGAGUUGGAGGAUUUGCCCAAGGCGUUUGAGAAACUGAAAACGGGUAGGAACGCAGGGAAGCUGGUGAUUCAUGUCGGGAAGUGA